GUGUGAAAUUGAGGCUAGUCCCAACGCUUUUGGUGUUCGCAGCCAUGUAUAAAAGCUGUCGACUUCCAACUCAAAGUCACAGACGAACUUGUUCAUUCAUUUGAUCAACAGCUCCUCUCCGGAUUUAACGAAACAAUACGAUGGCUUCCAAGCUGAUUUUGGUAACCCUCUUCUUCGCUGCCGUUGUGGCUGCUGCCUCUGCCCGUCCACGAUUCUUGGCCAUCCCUAUUGAGGACAUCGAGUUCCUUAAUGGACCCGCUCCUUAUCCAGGAUUUCAGCUUCCCGCACACCGCGUCCGCCGCGAUGCUCAAGAGCCGGAAACUUCAUCCUCUGCCCGAUCCAACGGUAGCGGUUAUGGUGGCAACGACUACGUCGAUUACGGAGCCUACACCGGUGGAUACGGCGCUUUCGGCUGGUACACCGAUCACCCCGUCGGAAACUACGGCAGCGGCAGCUAUUAAAAUCUCACUACGAAGAAAAGGCCUGAUCCUCACUUAAAAAAUUUAAUCGAUAAAAGAUCUUUUACCAGCCUUAAUUUCUUUAUUGAAAAACAGCUCGUCUAGUUUUGUUUUAUUUUAUUUCUUUCGUAUACGUUCUUCGUUGUUCGACGUCUCAUUGUUGAGCAGUUCGUUGUUCCUCCCUACCGUCAUCUUCCAUCAUGCUGGUCAUGUGGCGAUGCACUGUACGUAAUUUCCAUGUUGUUGCCUAGACUACCAUCUCUAGUAACGAAAAUACAAGACGCACAUCCACAUGAAAA